CCCCUGGAAGAUAUAUUACCUUGGAGGAAUCUGGAAUUCUCAUUUUCAAUCACUCGAGCAUUGUCGUUGAGCAGCUCCGGUCGUCAACGCCAAAUUUCCACUGUCCAAGUGGCUCGGGGCACCGUCUUGCCCUAGAAUCAGUCCCGUCCUUCCAUCCGAGGCCUUCGUGACAACCAUGUCGCAAGACCUCAUGACCAAGACUGGCCACGGCCUGGCCAAAGUCCUGGGUAUCAAAUUGCCUUAUCGGGAUCCCCUUGGAGCUCACUCCGACCCCGUCACUCGUGGCGAAUCGACCUUCUCAUACGGCACCGUUGAUACAUACUCUUACUUGGAGCCGGAACCGACCACUGCCGAAUGGCUCAAAGAAAUCUGUCCAACCUGGCAUGAUGUCCUUAUGUACUUUUACAGACUGUUCCCCUUCCUCUCAUGGAUCACGAAGUAUAACCUACAAUGGUUCUUCGGUGAUCUUGUUGCUGGUGUGACUGUCGGUGCUGUCGUUGUCCCUCAGGGAAUGGCCUAUGCCAAACUCGCCGAACUACCAGUGCAGUAUGGUCUCUACUCAUCGUUCAUGGGUGUACUGGUUUAUUGGUUCUUUGCCACCUCCAAGGAUAUCACUAUCGGGCCCGUCGCUGUGAUGUCCACGCUGGUCGGAACGAUUGUGCUUCAGGCUCAGAAAGAGCUCCCGGAUGUCCCAGGGCAUGUCGUUGCAUCUUGCCUGGCUAUUAUCUGUGGUGCCAUCGUCUGUGCCCUCGGUCUCCUUCGGCUCGGCUUCAUCGUUGACUUCAUUCCCCUUCCUGCAAUUUCGGCAUUCAUGACGGGAUCCGCUCUGAACAUCGCUGCCGGUCAAGUCAAGAAGUUGCUGGGAGAAUCGGCGGAUUUCUCCACUAGAGGCUCGACAUAUAUGAUCAUCAUCAACUCGCUGAAGUACCUCCCUACUGCGGGUAUUGAUGCUGCCCUUGGUGUCACAGCCUUGGCCAUGCUGUACAUUAUCCGUUCGGCUUGUAAUUAUGGUGCUCGAAAGUACCCUCGCCAGGCUAAAGUGUGGUUCUUCGCGUCGACGCUGCGAACUGUCUUUGUCAUCCUUUUCUACACCAUGAUCAGUGCGGCUGUCAACCUUCACCGCAAGGAUAACCCGAUGUUUGAUCUUCUGGGCAGUGUCCCAAGAGGUUUCCAAAAUGCUGCUGUUCCUGUUGUCAACGCCAGGAUCAUCAAGGUUUUUGCCAGUCAGCUCCCUGCUUGCGUCAUCGUCCUCCUUAUCGAGCAUAUCGCCAUUUCCAAGUCAUUCGGCCGUGUCAACAACUAUACCAUCGAGCCGUCCCAAGAAUUGGUCGGUAUUGGUGUGACCAACCUUCUUGGUCCUUUCCUGGGCGCGUACCCUGCCACCGGAUCCUUUUCUCGGACCGCCAUUAAGUCGAAGGCGGGUGUUCGGACUCCCUUGGCCGGCUGUAUCACCGCCAUUGUUGUGUUGCUCGCUAUCUACGCCCUGACCGCCGUCUUCUUCUAUAUCCCCCAAGCUGCCCUUUCCGGCGUUAUCAUCCACGCUGUCGGCGAUUUGAUCACGCCCCCCAACACUGUGUAUCAAUUCUGGCGCGUCUCACCCCUUGAUGCAAUCAUCUUCUUCAUUGGUGUUAUCGUAACUGUUUUCACCUCGAUCGAGGAUGGCAUCUACUGCACUAUCUGUGUGUCCGUGGCUGUCCUGCUUUUCCGUGUUGCCAAGGCCCGCGGUCAGUUCCUGGGCCGAGUUACCAUUCACUCCGUUGUUGGCGAUCAUCUGGUGCAAGGAGAUGGCAAGUAUGGACCGGGUGGAUUCCCUGAUGCCCCCAACGAUGAUGAGGGCGGGUCCCGUCGGUCUAUCUUCCUCCCUCUUAACCAUACCGAUGGCUCGAACCCCGAGGUUGAGGUGGAACAGCCAUACCCCGGUAUCUUCAUUUACCGUUUCUCGGAGGGCUUCAACUACCCCAACGCAAACCACUACACCGACUACUUGGUUCAGGCAAUCUUCCGCCAGACGCGUCGCACCAACCCGUUCUCUUACGCUCGUCCCGGUGAUCGGCCAUGGAACGACCCCGGCUCUCGGAAGGGUAAGGAGGAGAACCGCUCGGAACGGCCCAUCCUCCGCUCCAUCAUCCUCGAUUUCUCGUCGGUUAACAAUGUUGAUGUGACUUCUAUCCAAAACCUGAUCGAUGUUCGCAACCAGCUUGAUCUCUAUGCUUCUCCUCGCACUGUGCAGUGGCACUUCGCUCAUAUCAACAACCGCUGGACGAAACGAGCACUGGCAGCCGCAGGUUUCGGCUACCCGACACCUACCUCUGAUGAUGGGUUCCACCGGUGGAAGCCGAUUUUCAGUGUGGCUGAGAUCGAAGGACGAGCAUCUGCUGCGGCUCAUGCGGAGAUGAUCAACAAUGAGCAUGCCCAUCAGAACGCCAUCAAGCGUGACAUCGAGGAGGGACUCAAGCACGAAACUCACAUGACCGAGCGCGAGGCCUCCGGAAUUGAUAUCGAAGCGUCGUCCGACAACAGCAGCACGCCGGACGACAAGUUGGCGCGCGAUCUCAAGGACAGCAAGGCAUACCGCAAUCGGCGCAAGGCGGCGGUGGUGCAGGGCAUCAACCGGCCAUUCUUCCACAUUGACUUGACAAGUGCGCUCGAGAGUGCCUUGGCCAAUUCGCCCCCGGAAGAGCCUAUUGAGGAGCCAAGCGCAUGAGUUGAUCCACGAUCGGUAUAGAAGAUGAACGAUCCCCCCUGGCUGGAGUUUCGAGAUGAUUUACUUUUCAUGGUUUUCCUUACCCGGGGUUUUGCUUUGGAGCGAGUCGGAUUUACGAUUUUAUUUACUGUCGAUUGAAGCUAUACCCCUGAUGUCUCGCUAUGUGUAUAUAGAUAGACUCGUUCAAGACGUACAUAUAUUGUUUAAUGCGUUCAUGUUAUCCGAAC